AUGACCACCAUUGAGCAACAGCUGGAAGUAGUAACCAAUGCAUACAAGGACGUGAAGGUGAAGUUGGAUAGGCUGGAAGAGCUGAGAAGUGGAACGGCACAGCCUAGGUGGAAUGAAUUAUUGGAAGAAAAACUUAAAAGAGCAUCGACAGAGCGAGAUUUAGAGGUGGCGAAACGUCGCAAAGUUGUAGAAACGCUUGCAAUGACAUCUACCUUUCCAACUUGUGGCAUUCCUAUGAAGCAAAACACCUACCAACCUCUG